AUGAGAAAGAAGUAACAAUUGAAAAAAGUUGAAAAAGAGAAUGAUUCUUCUCAACCUACGACUGCAAUUGCAUCAUAAAAGAGUAACUAUAUUAGAUAAUAUUUUGAAAGAAUUUGCCAAUAAGGAUUUGGAGAAUGAUCUUCUUGAGUACAAAGCUAAAAUGAUCAACCAUAUUGAGAAUAGAAUAUUACAGUCUUAAAAGAAAUUAGAGGACUCUAUAAGGGAAGAGAUGGAACAAUUUGAAUAAGAGAUUUCAAAAACUAUUCAUUAAUUAAGAGAUGAUCAAUUUGACCACAAAGUAAGUUCAAUAAACCAUUAGGAAAAAUAAAUGGAGAAAGUAUUCAGGUAAGAAUCAAAUCAUAAAUCUAUAGAUAUAAACCAUCUCUAUUGUCUGAAAUGAUGAAAUAGUCUGAUUAUAAAACUCUUUAUCAUAUGAUGAUGGCUAGUAUGUUUAUUUUGAUGGGGAACUUAUGGAUAUAGGACUAUUUGGAAAGAGGUAUAAUAUUCGAUAUGGAAACUUUCUUCUGGUGCUUCUAGACUCCAUUGUUAGUAGCAGAAAUUUGGUUUGCUUUAGUAUUAUCCAGUUAUUUGACAGUUUAUUGGGUGUCCUAUUGCUACUAAAACAAGAUAAGGCCAUUCACAGCUAUUCUUGUUUUCAGUCUCCAUUAGAUAAUAAGUAUUUUGGCAGCUUGUUAUAUGACAAGUGCUUGGGUGGUAAUGAAAUUAAAAUUAUAUAGAAUGGAUUUGGUUCAAGAAUGAUUGUAAUGUGUGAAGCAGUAAGAAUGAUGAUGAAAAACUAUUCUUAUGCUCGUAAUAAGAUGCUUUAUGGUACAGAAAAUGAAUAAAAAUAUUUUAUUCUUUAAUCUUUUGAAAAAAAGGGAAUCACAAAAUAAAAUGUUUUACUUCCUGAAAUCAAUAUUCAAUCACUUUCUUAAGAACUCAAAAGGUAUACAUAUUUCUUCUUGGCUCCUACUUUAUUAUACAGAGAUUAUUAUGUUAAGGCUCCCCAUUACUCAAAGAAAAAAGUUAUAAUAGAAUUCGCCAAUUUCUUUAUGUGUAUUUACUAUGGUUUCAUUCUAUUCAGAUCUUUCUGUAAAGAACCUAUACUUUAAUUGAGGUAUUAUCUAUACUUAAAAAAUAAGAGAGAAUUUGACAUUGAUGAAUUUCAUUGUAACUUUAUAUAAGUUGAUGAUGCCAUCUACUUUUUCACUUGUUUUGGUCUUCUUUGGUUUACUUCACAGUUGGUUUAAUGGAUGGGCAGAACUAUUGAGAUUUCCAGACAGAACAUUUUAUCAUGAUUGGUGGACAGCUUCAGAGUUUGGAUAGUAUUAUAGAAAAUGGAAUGUUAUUGUUCAUGAAUUUCUCUAUUAUUAUGUUUAUUUGGAUAGUGAGAAGUUGAGUUAAGGAAAAAGAAGUAGACUAUUUAGAUAAUUGAUCACUUUUGGAUGUUCAGCAGUCAUACAUGAGAUUAUUCUUACAUUUGCUUUGGGUUUUUUCUAUCCCAUAUGUUUUCUUUUAUUUACUGGUCCAGGAAUUCUAUUCAUAUAGGCUAAAGAGAUCUUUAAAUAGGUAUUCAUAUUUAAUAUAGUAGGGAUGGUUUAACAUUCUAUUUUGGGUAUUGAUGUAUAUAGGAACCUCUGUAAUGAUAACGUUAUAUUUAACUGAGUAUUAUGCUAGAAUUCUCAUUGAUGAUCAUUUAAUUGAGUAGAGAUGGGGAAUUAUUCAAUAUCUGAUUCCAAGAACAUUUUAUUUAAUUACAGGAAUUUGA